GGAGGCAGCGGCGACGUGGGGCUGGCGGCUGUGCGGUGCUGGAGGACGGCUAGGCAAGCUGCAGAAUGCUGCGCGCCGCACUACCCCUGCUCAUGCUGCCCCUAGCUGCGGCGCGGGCGGCCGAAGAGCCCACCCAGGAGCCUGGGGUGCCGGGUGAGUCUCCCCCGGGCUUGGCGCUCUUCCGGUGGCAGUGGCACGAGGUGGAGGCACCCUACCUGGUGGCUCUCUGGAUCCUGGUGGCCAGCUUAGCCAAAAUAGUGUUUCACUUGUCUCGAAAAGUGACAUCUCUCGUCCCUGAGAGCUGCCUGCUGAUUUUGCUGGGCCUGGUGCUAGGGGGCAUUGUUUUAGCUGUGGCGAAGAAAGCUGAGUAUCAACUGGAGCCAGGCACCUUCUUUCUCUUCCUGCUGCCACCUAUUGUGCUGGACUCAGGCUAUUUCAUGCCCAGUCGGCUGUUUUUUGACAAUUUGGGUGCCAUUCUCACCUAUGCUGUGGUGGGAACACUCUGGAAUGCAUUCACAACAGGCGCUGCCCUCUGGGGCCUACAGCAGGCUGGACUUGUGGCCUCUAGGGUACAAGCUGGCCUCCUGGACUUCCUGCUGUUUGGGAGCCUCAUCUCAGCAGUGGACCCUGUGGCUGUGCUGGCUGUCUUUGAGGAGGUGCACGUCAAUGAAACUCUCUUUAUCAUCGUCUUUGGCGAGUCCCUGCUCAAUGAUGCAGUCACUGUGGUGCUGUACAAGGUUGUGAAGUCCCACCUUCCUGGUAUCAGGAAAGAAGAGACUGUUUGGGUGGAGAAAUGGGGUCUGGGCAAAGCUCAUCCUGGAAUCCUGGUUCUGGAUCUGAAACCUGGGGAUCAUGGUAGGGCUCCUCCUUCACUUUCUGCCAGGCAGCAGUAUUGUCAGCCCAGGAAGGGUCUGGGCCAGGGUCAUGCUGACAACCCCACUCCUCCCCCAGCCUCCCUGUUUGUGGUCAGUCUGGGCGGGGCAGCCGUGGGCUUAGUCUUUGCCUUCCUCCUGGCUCUGACCACACGUUUCACCAAGCGGGUCCGCAUCAUCGAGCCCCUGCUGGUCUUCCUCCUCGCCUACGCAGCCUACCUCACUGCUGAAAUGGCAUCGCUCUCUGCCAUUCUUGCGGUGACCAUGUGUGGCCUGGGCUGUAAGAAGUAUGUGGAGGCCAAUAUCUCCCAUAAGUCACGUACAGCUGUCAAAUAUACAAUGAAAACCCUAGCCAGCUGUGCUGAGACUGUCAUCUUCAUGCUGCUUGGCAUCUCGGCUGUAGAUUCAUCUAAAUGGGCCUGGGACUCCGGGCUGGUGCUAGGAACCCUCAUCUUCAUCCUGUUCUUCCGGGCCCUCGGUGUAGUCCUACAGACAUGGGUGCUGAAUCAGUUCCGGCUGGUCCCUCUGGACAAGAUUGACCAGGUGGUGAUGUCCUAUGGGGGCCUACGGGGGGCUGUGGCCUUUGCUCUCGUCAUCCUACUGGACAGGACCAAGGUCCCUGCCAAGGACUACUUUGUGGCCACUACUAUUGUGGUGGUCUUCUUCACAGUCAUUGUGCAGGGCUUGACCAUCAAACCUCUGGUCAAGUGGCUGAAGGUGAAGAGGAGUGAGCAUCACAAACCUACCCUGAAUCAGGAGUUACAUGAGCACACUUUUGACCACAUUCUGGCUGCAGUGGAGGACGUUGUGGGGCACCAUGGCUACCACUACUGGAGGGACAGGUGGGAGCAGUUUGACAAGAAGUACCUGAGUCAGCUGCUGAUGCGACGUUCCGCUUACCGCAUCCGGGACCAGAUUUGGGAUGUAUACUACAGACUCAACAUCCGGGAUGCCAUCAGCUUUGUGGACCAGGGAGGCCACGUCUUGUCAUCCACAGGCCUCACUCUGCCCUCUAUGCCCAGCCGCAAUUCUGUGGCAGAGACAUCUGUCACCAACCUGCUGAGGGAAAGCGGCAGUGGAGCGUGUCUAGAUCUGCAGGUGAUUGACACGGUACGCAGUGGCCGGGACCGUGAGGAUGCUGCGAUGCAUCAUCUGCUCAGUGGAGGCCUCUACAAGCCACGCCGCAGGUACAAAGCCAGCUGCAGCCACCACUUCAUCUCCGAGGAUGCACAGGAGCGGCAGGACAAGGAGGUGUUUCAGCAGAACAUGAAGCGGCGGCUGGAGUCCUUUAAGUCCACCAAGCACAACAUUUGUCUCACCAAGAACAAGCCACGACCCCACAAGGCUGGUCACAAGAAGAAGGAUGGUAUGGCCAGUGUCGAGGCCAUAAAUAAGAAACCUCGAGAUCUGGGCUUUCAGGACACAGCUGCUGUGAUACUAACUGUGGAGUCUGAGGAGGAGGAGGAGAGCAACAGUUCAGAGACAGAGAAGGAGGACGACGAGGGAAUCAUCUUUGUGGCUCGGGCCACCAGUGAGGUUCUCCAAGAGGGAAAAAUCUCAGGAAGCCUUGAGCUGUGCCCGAGCCCACGGGUAAUUCCUCCCUCACCAACUUGUGCAGAGAAGGAGCUACCUUGGAAGAGUGGGCAUGGGGACCUGGCAGUGUACGUGUCUUCAGAAACCACCAAGAUUGUGCCUGUGGACAUGCAGAUGGGCUGGAAUCAGAGCAUCUCAUCCCUGGAGAGCCUAGCAUCCCCUCCCUGCACCCAGGACCCCACUCUGACCCGCCUGCCUCCCAGACAACUGGAUGUUGAUGAGCCUCCGGCCCUUCUUGACCUGUCUUCUGACCCUCGCCCUACCUUUGCCUUUCCUCCAAGCCUCGCCAAGGCUGGUCGCUCUCGCAGUGAGAGCAGCGCUGACAUCCCCCAGCAGCAGGAGUUGCAACCCCUCAUGGGCCACAAGGACCGCACCCAUCUUAGCCCAGGCACUGCUAACUCUCACUGGUGUAUCCACUUCAACAGAGGGGGUAGACUGUAGCCCAGGGCCUUGGGAAAGAGUAGGAGGAAGUCUGUGUGAGAACUAUUCCCUGGGCAAUGGGCAAAGUAGCUUAUUCAGCCUGACAUAGAGCCAGAGUGACCUGGGAGGCCUUCUUGGGGCUGGUCCUCAUAGGGACUCUUAGAACUUUCCUGCUCCUAACUAACCCAUUUCACUUUCUAUUUCAGUAAUGGCUGAAGACCCAGUCCAGGGUUCUCAGGGCUAGGCCAAGAUAUGGGUAGCUAAUGUUCCUUACCAAGAGGUCUUCCUGGGGUCACCACAGACCCCAAGCAAGAAUAUCAUUCCUUAGUGGAUGCUGUCCUUCCCUGCCCUUUACCCCCUCCAGCACCAGAUCAGGGAUGAUGACCUGGCAAUGAAGUUCAGUGAGGGGGGCAGGUGCUGGUCCUCAGAGUGGAUGCAAUGGGAGAUGCAGCAGGCCUCAACCUGCUGGGUCAGCUACCCACGACCAAUUAUUUUUAGGGUGGUGGAAAUCUUUCUUCAUUUCUUAUUUUAGUACCUUUCCUCUACUGCCAGGUACUGGGGCAAUAGUUCUUUCUUUUCUAGGACCAGGGGUCCGGGCCAGGCUUCAGUUCAGGGAUGCUUCUUAGCCAGGGUCCUGGGGAUCUGCUGCUUUGGGUCCAAGUCCUGAAGUUUCUCAUCCUUGGAUCUGGGUUUACUAAGAUGGGAUGCAGUACUCUCUGGGUUCCCAUGCACCACCUCAACAUUUCUGCAGGCAAAGGAAUGCAGGAAUCCUAAGCCAGGCCACUGACCCACUGCUCUGGGGUCUAGGACACCUGGCUGCAGUGUGUAUGUGGGUGAGUGGCAGCUGGUGGCUUUCUUGAGGUUAGCUCCUGUGUUGUGUACUUUUGUACUUUGAACCUAAGAUACAUUAAAUAUCUCA